UCUCUCUUGAAAGAGAUGACGUGUUGAAAGUUGGAAUAGCCACGACCCAAGCCAAAUCACCAUCAAGCAAGAAGCAACUAGAGCUCUUUCAUCAUAUAUCACACACAGUAUACAACAUUGAGAUAUGGAAUAAAGACUAUCACUCCUAUCCUCAGUCAGAUGUGCUAAUACAAGAUGCCUUCACUAAAACCAGGAGCACUACUAAAACUUCUCAUUCUAGUGUACAUGUAUCUACUUCACUUCUCGUCAGCAUACAAAGUCAUUAACACAUUCCAUGACACAGUCCAUGCAGGAGAGGUCAAGUACUACAGUCUCGAGUCCCGUUCCCCUGUAGUGCUGGCACUACACUCAAUAGAGGGUGACGCGGACAUUUUUGGAGCGCCCACGAGCAAAAACAGUAAACCCUCUGCCAGUUCGUUUGAGUACAUGUCGGCAUCAUGUGGUCUGGACGUGAUGGUCUUGCCAAUGAGUGAUAGUGUGAGGCGUGUGAGUGUCGGGAUAUUUGGACAUGUACGUCACGAGAGGACGCAGUACGAGGUGUGGGUGGUGGAGCCAGAGGAGGAGGACGUACUCAAGUAUCAGGUGUGGGAGGUUGAUCCAGAGACAAUGAGAAAGCAGCUGGUGAUUGAUGUGGACCCUCUGUUUCUUUCUAACGACCCUACACUACACAGUCUACUGGACUCCCUCUACUCGGCUGGGGGAUUUGUUGGCAGGACCCAAACUGGAGCAGCUGAUAUACUCAGAACAUUAUUGGAAUGGACUGGAUUUAUUUUGUUGAAAGUGUUAGAAGUAGGAGUAGAGAUAUUGACGUAGACUAGACUGUUAACUAAUUUUCAGCCCAGUCUGGUUGAGUAGAUAGCAUUAUUAUGAUACACAAAGUAAUCUUGGUUGAUUUAAUAUUGA